AUGCCGCAAAAGUCGAAAAACAUCAACAGACCCGCUGCGAAGGGCUCAAUCUCCAGUGCACUCGAAGCAAAGGUCGCAUCUCACAUCCGGAAACUCGAAACUGCCGCCGAUGCAUCAUCGCCUCCGUUAACCGUUACUUACAUCUACAACCAGAUCCAAGCUGUGGAUCCGGGUCUGAGACGUAAUACAAAGUUGGCACUGGAGCGGAUCAUUGAGAAGGUGCUGCCAAUUGUGAGGGAGGAGUUUGCGCAGGAUGACGAGGAGGACCGGGAUGAGAUUGACAGCGAGUUUGAAGGAUUGGACGACAGCAGGUUGAUUGACUACAAGGGUACGAACUCGAUGAACAAAUCUGUUACCUCGUUGUGGGGUAUUCCGCCAGCGCCCGCUAUCAAGACACCGAUAUCGAGACAAGCUUCGGUCGAUCCGGAGGCAAACCCCGAGGUUGUUGACCUUACGAUACCCGAUGCUCCAUCAACCACACCUGCUCCUGAAGCGGCCUCAGCAGCACCUGCCAAGUCGGCAAAGAGGAAGGAGAGGCCGAGUGCACGUGAGCCUGGAAGUUCUGCCAAGCGUCAGAAGGUAGAUCAAGACCGUGCCGCACCAACAAAUGUUUCCUUGUCCGAUCUCGGCGGUGUCGAUGACUGCGUAAACGAGCUCCUCGAGCUAAUUGCCAUGCCCUUAACUCAUCCCGAAGUCUACGUGCACACCGGUAUCCAACCACCCCGCGGUGUCCUCCUGCACGGCCCACCAGGUUGUGGUAAAACUCUCCUCGCCAACGCCAUCGCCGGUGAACUCGGCGUUCCCUUCAUCAAUAUGUCAGCAGUCGAGGUCGUAUCAGGUAUGUCCGGCGAAUCCGAAAAGAAGCUACGAGAUGUUUUUGAGGAGGCGAAAGCUCUGGCGCCGUGCAUCAUGUUUUUGGAUGAGAUUGAUGCGAUUACGCCAAAGAGGGAGAAUGCGCAGAGGGAGAUGGAGAAGAGGAUCGUGACACAGUUGUUGACGUGUAUGGAUUCGUUGAGCUUCGAAGCAACGGGACACAAGCCUGUCUUGAUUAUUGGAGCAACGAACCGCCCGGAUUCGCUGGAUCCAGCUCUUCGUCGUGCCGGUCGCUUCGAUCGCGAGAUUCAACUGUCCGUACCGGACGAGGUCGGUCGCGAGAAGAUCUUGAAGGUGAUGAGCAGGAAGUUGCGUCUUGACGGUGAUUUUGACUAUAAGGCGUUGGCUCGUAUGACCCCUGGUUUUGUUGGUGCGGAUUUGAGGGCGUUGACUGGUGCUGCUGGUGUUGUUGCUAUCAAGAGGAUUUUCAAGGAGCUGAGUGAGAAGCCGGAAGACGAGCAGGAUAAGGUUCAGGAAGUACUGGAGGAGGCUGGCUAUGUUGGUAAUAAUGAUGUUGAGAUGACUGAGGACGUCAUGGAGGUAGAUGGUGAGAUUGCUGCGGAGGCAGCGGCUGAAGAGCAAGUUCCUUCCACCGAAGAAACCCCAGCGUCAGCGCAAACCGAAGUACGCGACCCUCAAGCGGAUGCCAAAGCUAAGGCUUUGAAGACGUUGAACACCAUCCACAGCUUCCUCUCAUCUCACCCAAAAACCUUGACCCCCGCCGAACUUGAACCGUUGGCUAUCACUCUGCAAGAUUUCCUUAUUGCACUACCCAAAAUCCAGCCAUCAUCGAAGCGUGAAGGUUUUGCUACAGUGCCGGACGUUACAUGGGCGGAUGUCGGUGCUUUGGAAGGUACACGCAUUGAGUUACAGAUGGCGAUUGUGCAGCCUAUCAAGCGACCUGAGCUGUACGAAAGUGUCGGUAUUACCGCGCCAGCAGGUGUGCUCCUCUGGGGACCUCCGGGGUGUGGUAAGACGUUGCUUGCUAAGGCUGUUGCAAAUGAGUCUAGAGCAAACUUCAUCUCCGUCAGAGGACCGGAGUUGCUGAACAAAUACGUGGGAGAGUCUGAGAGGAGUGUGAGGCAGGUGUUUAUGCGUGCGCGUGCGUCGAGUCCUUGUGUUAUCUUCUUUGAUGAACUCGACGCUCUUGUUCCCAGGCGUGAUGAUUCCUUGAGUGAGAGCAGUGCUCGUGUGGUGAACACCCUCUUGACAGAGCUCGACGGGUUGAACGACAGAAAGGGGGUUUUCGUCAUUGCUGCUACGAACAGACCUGAUAUCAUUGAUCCGGCUAUGAUGAGACCUGGUCGUUUGGAUAAGCCCUUGUUUGUGGAGCUCCCCACGCCUGGAGAGCGUGCGGAGAUUCUGAAGACGCUCACAAAGAAGACGCCGAUAGCACCAGAGGUUGAUCUCGUUGCGAUCUCCAAUGACCCUAGAGCCGAGAACUUCUCUGGUGCUGACUUGGCAUCGCUGGUAAGAGAAGCCGCUGUUGGUGCUCUACGGAAUACUGUCUUGACCGACCUUCAGUCCAUGGAGGUUUCCGAGGACCCACUGGUCGCCAGUGCUGCCAGGCAGGUGGAGGGUCUCCAGAUGCAGAAGAAGCAGAUUCAAGUUACGCAGAAGGAUUUUGAGAAUGCGUUUAGGAAUGUUAGACCUAGUGUGAGUUCUAAGGAGAGGCAGAAGUAUGAGACGCUGGCGAGGAAGUGGGGCAAGCCGAAGAGCGGAACAGGCGAGCAGUAAAGCAGCAAAGCAGUACAGAAAGUAUAUUCCAAUCAAGAAACAUUUCGGAGA